AUGCAGCAGCAAGACAGCAGCGGGGGGGGCACUGCAGCAGCAGAGCCCCCAGCAGCAGCAGCAGCAACAGCAGCAGCAGCAGCAGCAGCAGAAGCAACAGCAGCAGGAGCUGCAGCGGAUGAGGCCUGGGCCGACUUGUGUCUCCUCCCCCCUAUAAACAUCGUUGAUGUGCUGCAGCAGCAGCAGCGCGAGCUGGAGGACAGCAGCAGCAGCAUCAUCAGCAGCAGCAGCAGCAUCAGCAGCAGCAGCAGCAACGGGGUGUAUAUACUGCUGCAUGUGGACUUGAACUGCCCCAGCCAGGGGCUGUCGCCGCAGCAGCAGCAGGAGGGGUCUUCUCCUGCAUCAGAGUCCCCAACAGAGCAGCAGCAGCAGCAGCACAGAAGCAGCAGAGCCGCCUAG